GGCAACCCCAGGUAGAAGCAGCCAAAAAUUCCAGCAACCGCCGGAUCUUCUUCAAGAAGAAUCACCUAUCAACAUAGGGCAAACACUGUCGAGCAUGUCGUCUCAGAGGAGACUCCUCGAGCAGCCUGUUGACGGAGAUGACGUGGACAAAGAAGAACAAGAGGGUGAAGAAGAAGAUGAGGAGGAGGAGGACGAGCAGGAGAACGCAGGUGUUCGUCAGGAAGGGGAACAUGAGCAGGGAGUUCCAUACGAUGAAAGAAUUUCACUUACGCCAGAUGAUUUGUUCGCGAUGCCGUAUGAGUUCGAGUUCCUUGAUCAGGACUGGACUGUGCAGAGGUUGGCAAACGGACUUUUCUUGCAGAGGUUGCUUCCCACUGCUCGCGUGUACGAUAACGUCGGCCGAUGCAUUAUGUUUGCCUACACCGCGAGAGAGAAAGAUGGGACUCGUAUAGUUGUGAUCAACUGUUGGAAGCAGUGGAGGAAUGUCACCACUAGAUAUGGCCUACUGAAGAAGAAGUUUCGAAGACUCCGAGAUGUUCAUCACGACCCGUUGACUUCUCCUGACCCGGUGAGAAUACAUCUUGAUUUGUAAUCUUGAUUGGUGAUCUUGUUGGUGAUCUUGAUUGGCGAUCUUUGUUGGUGAUCUUGAUUGGUGAUCUAGAUAGAACAAAGAAUGAAAAGCUAUCAAGUUU